UCUAUACAGGCAUAAAUACAAUCAUACUGAAAAGAAAUGUUAACAUCCGCAAGGCAAAAGAGAAAUUGUGCCAGCCUUAGUAUAGUAUACACCACGUCCGCUGCAUUAUCACGAUCCUCUGUAACUGAUUUUUGGUGGCCAUGACGGAAGUAUCUGGUGUCCCCAUGCCGGAGCCCCGUCCUGGUCCACUGCCAGCCCCCGCCGCCCUUCCUCGAGCCGCCCCUGGGCCCCGUCCAUGUGAGCCGUUCUACGGUUACGGAGGCUACGGAUAUCACUACGCCACAGAUAAUGUGGAGUAUUUGCCCUACCAGUACAGUGGAUUUCCGGGACAUGGUUUGGGAUACGCUUUUGACUGUAAUUCCUACGAUGUGUACCCAUACUAUGGAUCCAAUAACUUUCUUUAUUAAAAGUUAAAAAAAGAAUAUUUUAUUUUACAUGGCGGAAUUAAGGCUCUCUACCAGUUAACCAGUGAACUAACGGCUUAAAGGUGACUUCCGAACCACCAUCUAUAGUCGGGCAGGUGGGCUUAUUGCAAGGACAGGAUCGCUCAGCGGUCACCCGUUCAAGCGGCAGCUACGCUAGACGGCUACUACAGUGCGUCAUUGCGGAAACAGCAACAUCUUCUUAAAUAGCCUUAGUAAUGGACUGGUGUGGAUGUAUUGUUAGUUUUGACGUGACAACGUCUUAAAUUAGGUUACGGCUCGGAGUCACUCAUGAAAAAGUGUAACGCCCGGUAACGUUACGAUGCCCGU